UGGGAUGGGAAAAUAACGUAUACGUGUACGUCAUCAGUGUGUAGUUCGUCCUCGUUCGGUUAAGAUCGUUCUUCAUUUAUACUUAUAGUUAAACAAAAUGGACUUUCUAGUGAUUCGUUAUUAUAAUAUUAAUCGAUUACUUUUAUUGGUUAUCGGUUCUUGGCCAAUGAUUAAAAAGUCGCCUAUAAAUUCAUUUAUACAGAUGAUACAAAGUUUUUUUAUUUAUGUUAUUCUUACUUCAUCUGUACUCGUUCAGAUAUUCAAACUCAUCACUUCUGAGCCUACGCUCGAUCUUUUUGUGAACGUUUCUUCUUACGCGUUCCUUUGUAUGGUAUACCUUGCGAAGUAUGGUUUUCACAUGUUUCAACUUGAAAACAUAAAGUGUCUUAUCAUACGAAUUCAACGUAAUUGGAAUUUAUUGAUCGAUGAAAAGGAACGCGAAAUCAUGGAAGAAUAUACGCAAAAAGGAAAAAAAUUUACUUUCAUCUGUCUGUUUUUAUCCUGCUUUACAAUUAUCUUAUUACUGACUUGGACAAGUUUUUUGUUUAUUUCCGAUAUACUCGUACCAUUAAACGGAUCUCAUCGACUGGAAUGUCCAUUUGUGGCGGAAUAUUUCAUAGACCAGGAAGUUUAUUAUUAUCCUAUUUUAUUGCAUAUGUAUACGAUAUUUCUCGUUGGACUGACUGUUGUUAUUGCGACUGAAGCAUUUUAUGCUAUAAUCGUGCAACAUGCCUGCGGUCUUUUUCAUAUUGUUGGAUAUCGUUUCGAGCAAGUAUUCAAUGAGAGUACUUUAAAUUCUAUUUCAUUAUCGAGAAAAAGUUUUGAAAUCAACUACUCGAUCGUUCGUGCUAUUAAUUCGCAUCAAAACGCUAUCGAAAAAUUUUCGAAUUCUCAAAGGUUCGUCGAUCAUAUGAAUUCCUGUUUCUCAAACUCCUAUUUCAUGUUAAUGAUUUUGGGCGUCAUAUCUCUAAUUAUGAAUUGCACUGACAUUUUACAAGCUAUGAAUCCGAAUAAGAAUUAUAAUCUUGUCAGUGCUUCUGUUCGUAUACUUAAUGCUUUUGUACGUAUCAUUAAUAUCAUUUGUUAUCUGUUUGGGAUAUUUUAUUGUGGACAGAAACUUAUAGAUUGUAGUAUUAAUAUAUUAGAAAAAGCAUAUACUAUUCCUUGGUAUUUAGCAUCUUCGAAGAUAAAAGUUUCAUUAAUGAUGGUUUUGCAAAGAAGUUUGAAGAAAUCCACUUUGUUUCUUGGCAAUUUAUUUCCUAUGUCAUUCGAAUUAUUUGGAACGAUCUUAAAAACGACAUCUUGUUAUAUUACGACACUUCAUGCAUUACAAUAUUGAUUAGAACAAUUCUAAUGUAGAGUAUGUAACAAUUAAGUUCUCAUAUGUAUGUGUGUAUAUAGAUACAUACAUACAUACAUACAUACAUAUAUGUAUAUAUAUAUAUACACAUAUACAUGCGCACAUAUACGAUCGAACGCACGUUUGCAUUGAUAAAAUUUGAUUGACUAAUACUCACUACAAUGUUUUUUAAUUUUAAUUUGUAUUAGAAAGUAAAAAUAAUAGAUUUCACAGCAUUAAUAUUUUUGUGAAUUUCCCAGAUAAUCGAUGUGAAUACGUUGUAUUGGUAAUAAUUAAUAUACUUCAGUACAACUUUAUUACAUCGAAUCGUUAUCUAUUACAUGUAAAACAAUUUUUUAUUUCAACAAGACCACGUUCUUUUGUGAUUUCUUCGUCUACUGUGUCGGUCAAUGGUCUUCCACGUGUUUCCGGUAGCAUCAUAGAGAGUAGACCGGAUAGAAGAGCGCAAAAAGCACAUAAAGUACUAGGUGCCCACCAAGCAAUGACACCUAAUAAAUCAGCGACGUAGGGAGAUGAUAUGCUACCUACAUGAGACAUUGCUGAGCUGCUACCAACCGCAGAAUUUCUUGUAAUCUGUAUGAAAGAAAUUAUUACUAAUAAGGAUAUUCUUUGCUUUGCUAUGCUUGGAAAUUCAUUUCUUUUUUUAGUUUUUUUUUCUUUUUACCGUAGGAAACAAUUCUGAAGUAUAUAGUAUCAUGAUGCUGUACACGGCAGAUAAUACGAAUCUUCCUGUUAGAGCGACGAUUAUUAUAGUCAAAGUUUUCGUAGCUGGUAUUAUAAGAAUACUGAAUAAAAGCAAUGCCGUUAAACUGUACAUUAUAGCACAAGCUUGUCUUCGUCCCAAAUAUAUCAGAAUGGGCGUUGGUAUCAAGUAAGCUGGUAUUUCGGUGAUACCCAUCACAAAAAUGUAAAGGUAACGAUCAGCUGAGAAAUUGUCUACAUUUAACGCUAAAAAAAAAGAAAACAUAAUGAUAACA